AUGUUGCUUUUAAGGUACUCAACGUCCAACUUUAGUGUGUCGAUGUCUUAUAUUCCACUUUUGAGACAGGCUUCGAUGAAGCGACGUUAUACUUGUAGUAUAUUACCCCACAUUUACAAUAAGUUUCACUUCCAUUUCCAUUUCUUGGCCUUUGAAACCAACUCGAAACGCCUAUUACAAGCAGACAAUAUGAAUCCUAUGCGAACUUGUUAUAUAAAGAUCCGUAUUUCGCCACCUUACGGUUACUCUCACAAUUUCCGUUGCAAUGUAACCAUUUUUUGUGUACUUGACAUCAUUGGCUUUGUCCGGACUGCCGACUCUAUGGUCUGGGUCGCUGUACCGAAAAGAAAUUGUGCCACAUCAUCAAGUAGUGGUAUUGAAAGUAGAAAAGUGACCACUCAAAUGAGAAACAGUUGCAAGUCUCUGAUUUGCUGUUAUCAGACGUUCGGAUAUGACUGUGCCAUAAAGCUCUUCAAAUUAAAAGCCUACGCAUUGAUGUACACAAAGUUGCUAUAG